AUGUAUUAUAUGCCUGUGUAUGAAGCUUCGAAGAUAUCUGUAAUGGGCGAAGAGACAUUAGAGCUGAUUAGAAAUAAAAACAUUCAAAGAAAUAAAGAAUUACUUUCCAAACUUAAUAUUCAUGAAGCUUAUAAUUCAAUUUCACCCCCACCUAAAAUAGGUAAAAGUUCCAAAAAAUCCAAGGAAAGAGUAACGAAGCCAAGCCUGGUACCAAUUCGCCGAUCAAGACGAUUGGCUAAUACUCCCGAAAAUGACGAAGAAAUAAAAAAAGAGCAAGAAGAUCAAGAGAAAGCACGGUUGGAAAAUGAAAGAUUACGAGACGCUAGGAGCCGUCUGUUGUCUGGAGACUUUUACUUGCUGGACCUACUUUCAGAUAUCAGACUGGGAUACUUGAGAUAUGAGGACCGUGUAUUAGGAAAAAAUAUUAAGAAGGAUACAGUAACUGAAGUUGAAGAUACAGAGGAACACGAUUUAGACGAGAAGUUGAAAGUACUUGCAUCAAUCGAACAAAACAUAAGGCGCUCCUCAUCUGAGACAGAGUCUUUGACUUCAACUGAUAUUACCCCCAAAAAGAAGAAGAUCGAGGAACUACAGUUUUUCAAUGGCCAAGACCCUUCAAAACUCAAAUUGACACUGCUGCGAAUUACUUGUUUGCAUUUUCAUCUGUCUACCAAAGACCGCCUUGUUUUCGGUGGUGAUACAUCGGGAAACAUUGGAAUCUGGUCUGUGGAUCAAACUAUGGAGGAAGACGAACCUCUAAUAAUCACUUUCAAGCCACAUGGAAAGUCAGUAUCGAAAUUCUGUGAAAUCCCUCACAAUCAGUCGCAGGUUUUGUCUUCAUCAUAUGAUGGCUCUGUAAGAAUUACGGACCUUGCUAAGCAACAAUCCAUUGACAUUUUAUCCCUUAAUGACAGUGAUGGGGAAGCAAUAGGUGUAUCUGACACCUGUAUGCCCUCAGGCCAACCUAGCCUCCUUUAUUGUACUACGUUGGACGGCCGAUUGUAUCAGUUUGACAUGAGAGAGAAACGGAGGAUACACAAUACACAAAAAAUGAUGCGUCUACAUGAUAAAAAGAUAGGGGGAUUUUCUGUGAACCCCAACCGAGAAUAUCAGAUUGCAACGUCUUCCCUAGACCGCUCGCUUCGACUUUGGGAUUUAAGGAACGUAUCCAAAAGAAAUUCCUUAUCUGAAGUAGACAAUGAUACGGCAUCUCCACAUUUCUACGGAGGAUACUCAUCAAGGCUCUCAAUUUCAACAGUUGAUUGGAAUUCAGAGAAUCAUCUAGUAUGCAAUGGAUAUGACAACACGAUUAGAUUAUUUGAUUUGAGUGGGAAUAGUAAGACUUCCAACGUCAACGACUGGAAAAAAGAUUUUGCACUCCAUAGAGGACACACCGGAGGUGAUAUCACUUAUGCUAUGAAACCCUUCAAGUCUAUUUCACAUAACUGUCAGACAGGAAGAUGGGUAUCGAUAUUGAAAGCCCGCUGGCAGAAAGAUCCUCAAGAUGGUAUUCAGAAGUUUGUUAUUGGAAACAUGAACCGAAGUUUCGAUAUUUACACUCAAGAAGGGUCAUUGAUUGCCCAAUUAUUUGAACCUGAGUUCAUGACGGCAGUUCCUUCUGUCGUAUCCUUUCACCCAACGCACAAUUGGAUUGUUGGAGGCACUUCCGCUGGCAAGGUCUACUUGUAUACAUAG